AAAACUAUAUUUUAUGCCACGUGUCAUCUUUCGGGAUAAAUUUUUUCCGCUGAUGUGGACGCCCUAUGGAGCCUCAAAAGCUCCCUUUUAUUAGUAGAGAUUCAUCCACGUGUUUCUGAAAUUUACAUACCAAGUGCCUGUCUUAGUCAACUGCCUCAUUUCAAACAAGCAUCGUAAAAAAACGUAUAAAAAGAAAUGAAUCGUAGUUUUACUUCUAUUUUUUCAAGUUAAUAGUUUGAGAUACAUACCUUUAGAAUACAUGUCUUUCUACAUUAAAUAACUAAUUAUGAAUUGAUUUCAUAUAUAUAUAUAUAUAUAUAUAUACUUUUUAAUUUAUAUUAUAUAUAUAUAUAUAUAUAUAUAUAUAUAUAUUCUAUGAUCAUACGAAACCCCAACGUUUAGUGAUUUUAACAAACAAUGUAACUGCCGUCCCUAACAUUUUAGUGGCCUAAAGCAUAUUUUCAUAUGUGGCCUUAUAUUUAAAAUAUAUAAUUGUACAUAUUUUAUCAUCUUAUUUUAUUAAUAUUUUGAAUUUUUGCAAAAGACAAUAUAAAAUAUAUAAAUCAUCACUAAGGUUCUGAUUUUACUUGAUAUUUGUAAUUUAGUAGUUUUGGGUACGUUAAAAUUUUUCGUUUAUAUCUUUUCAAGCAUGAACCUUUUUUUUUUAAGAAAAUGUUGACUUUACUUGGUUUUUAAAGUGUAUUAAGUAUAAUCUAAUAAUACAUUGGUGAAAUUUUUGUUUGGAAAAGAUGGUUUCAAAAACUUAAACUAUAUAUAGGUUGAAAACCAUUUGUCUAAAAUGAGACAAAGAAACAGAAUAAAAAUGUAGUAAAAGAAAAGAAUACAAAUUAUUUGGUUAAAAAACUUUAAAGGUGAGGAAAAAAUUGUAUAAUCAAAAAAAUUAAUAAACCAAAUAAAAAAAGUGAUAAACCAUCUCCUUAACAAUAUAAUCGAACACAUCUGACAAGGAAGACAUUAAUUAAGAAAUCAAGUCACUUGAGCGAUAUACAUUUUAGAUACUUGGCCCAAAUUUUGUUUCAUUAAUUGGUGGUCUAAAGCAGCUGCUUUACCAGCCUUAGGGAAGGGACGGGUCUGUGUAAGGCUAAUGUUUAGCCUCAAUUAUGUAGGUACAUUAUAUUUUAAUUAUUUGAGAAACCGAAUGAAAUGAAUAGUUACCUUUACGAGGGACAUGUCUUUUCACAAUUUAGUUUAACAACUAUUUUAUUCAUCUAUAAAUAUAACUUAUCACUUUUUUAAUGCAACUUUCCUUUCAUCAAGCUACAAAAAAAAAUGGUGACAAAUAGGUUUCAACGAGACACAAAAUGAAUAUCAAUCCCGGUAAUUUUCCACUCAAAAUUGUUAUACUUUUUUUUUGUAAAAAACAAAAUUGACAAUUAAAAAAAGCAAGAUGCGGUAUUGAACACAUAUAUUUAAUUGAGCCGUCUUAGUAUGUGUCAUUUCAUCAAAAUAAUUGUAUAGAUUAAAACAUUCUUCUUUAUGAAUGAGUUUAAUUACACUUAAAUGGAAGUAGAUUGUUAGAGAUUUAAGUGAAUUUUGCUAUCACUUAAGUUACUAUUGCAAUUGUUUGGUGAACAUGUGCAACUAAUCAAAUGAAAUAUUUUAACUGUUGGUGACUGCAAUUUUUAGUGAUAAACCAUUACAACUUUUGAUGAUAAAUAAUUACAAUUAUUGGUGAUUGCAGUCUUUAGUGAUAAACCAUUGUAAUUUUUGGAAUUAAUUAUUUGAAACCUUUAGCUAAGCAUUGCAAUUUUGUUUUGUUAUUGCAACCCAUAGUAUUUUAUAUAAAGUUACAUUAUUACUUUAGUAUAUGAUUAGACUACAACGUGUUUUUAAUUAGUUUCAAAUAUUGAUUUGUAUUCGAGAUUUCAAAAUAAUUAAACUAAAUGGAUAAUAAGACAUAUAUCUUACUUUGAUAUGGACAUAUUUAAUUUUGUUACAACCAAAUCUAUAAAACAAAAUAUAUAUUUUUAGUAUUAUUGAUAAAUAAAUAUAUCAGCAUGCAAUAUACUUUUGUAAUACAUGUAUUUCUUCGAGAUCAGUUGUAAAAUGUUUAUUAAAAAAAUUCUUUAUAGAAAUAUAACUUAUUUAUUAUUAUAAAAUGAGAUGUGCGAUAUCACACGGGUUCCUUACCUAGUUUUUCUAAUAGAAAUUUAGUAUAAUGUAUUUGAGCUUGGUAUGACUAAUUCAGGGAUGAGUAAGCUUAAAAACUUUUAUUCUUAUCUUACAUACAAAAACAGAAAAAUACACAGAAAUUUAUAAAUCUAAGGUUGUAACUGGUUCUUUAGUAGGAAUGUCAUGAAUAAAAAUAAUGAAUAUUUUUGGAAUAGGAAAAAAUGGAAUGAUGAAUAAAAUGGAAUUGAAACUGAAAUUAUGAAUGGAGUUGUUGAUUCCACUCAUUCUAUUUAUUCACGAAGGUUUAUUUUGUGGAACAAAAAUAAUGAAUUUUACAAAGGAUUUUCAUUUUUGUUUCAUUUCAAAAAUGGUAUUGUUUUGGAAUAGUACUCAUUGUGACUGGUAAAUAUUUUAUGGAAUGUUAUGAAAUGAUGCAUUCCAAACAAAUCUAUUUCACAAAAUUGCAUUCCGCAGCAUAACUUCUUAGGAGAAGAAGAUGAAAACUAUAGAAUGAAAAACUUGAAAAAAAAAACAAUAAACUGUGAAAAAAAUGAGUAAAGUACGAAUCAAUUGAAAAAGAACAUUAAACGAAGGGUGUAACUGGUAAACAAAUAUAGAAUUUAUGGAAUUUAAAAUAAAUGGAAUGGUAGGAAUAUAAUGCAGCAAAAAAUGGAAUGAAAUUCAUUCCAUUAAUUCAUGAUCAAAUUUGUUAUGAAAUGAUUCUUUUUGUAUUUUCUCUAUUUAUUUUUGGAAUUGAUGGAAUGAAUAUUUCAUUCCAUUCAUGUUAAAUGGUAAAUUUUUUUAUGAAAUUAAUGAAAUAGACAAUUCUACGUCAUUUUAUUCCAAAUAGUUACAAUCCAGUUGUAGCUGAAUAUUUAGAGUAUGACCAAGGGAAAACGAGUAAAGUAUUUUUCAAAAAAAAAAAGAAAAAAACGAGUAAAGUACUGCUUCUUGCAGUUGCCAGUCUUAAUCUUUCUAGAUAAUACCUUUUCUAAGCUCUUAACAAACAAACAAAAAAAAAUACACCGUAGAGGUAAUCCUAAUUUUCAUUUUUUUGUUUGUUUGUUAAUUCUCGUAUUGAAAUGAAGGAACUCAAUUGGUCUCAUUUGACGUUUUUGCAGCCUUACACUUUUGUUAGAAGUAGCUAAAAAUGUUAACAACGAAAUAGCUUAUCUAAACGAUUCAACCUCAUAGAUCAGAGGGCCGAGAACACCAAGGGUAAGUGGCUAUAUAUAUGGCAUCAACCUUCUUUGUGCUUCUCAGGCGUAAUGAUUCAACCCCAUCUCUUCAAUAUGAGGUUACAAUGUUAAUGGCUUUGACCCCGACGCAAACAAUUAAUUAAUAUAUUCGUCUAAGAACUCAUCAAAAAUCAGUUAAAAAAAAACUCAUCAAAAAUUUAAUACUUUUUUAUAUUUUAGAUAGGUUUAUAUUUGAGAACGUUUCAACCGCUUUUGCCAGUGGGUCCUCACGCACGCCUGUUCACUCGGACAUGUGGGCUCUACCACCUAGUCGACGACCGGUUUGCUAAAUUUUGAAGGCUUUCGAAAACUUUUUCAUUGACCCUUUAAAUACAUAUGCAAAUCUUUUUCUAAUAGGGUCAUUUAUCCUUUAAAUACUGUAUCUCAAGCACUAUUAAUUUUGAAGUUCUAUUUGGACAAAUGAUUAAAAAGAAAAGUGCAUUUUGGUGAUAUAUGUAAUCAAAUCAAAUUAUAUUAAGCUUUUCGUAUAUAUACUACCAAUCGGAAACGUAACAACAUUAGUGUUAAUUGUUUGGGUUGAAAGGAUGCAAAUACAUAUCCGUUCUUUUGAACUCGUUAUUAGAAUGCAUCAUAUGCUCGCAUGUGAUGAAUCCUUAGAAUUCAAUCCGGGCAGGGUGAAUUCACGGUUCCUUAAUAUCGUGAUCCACUGUCUACAUCCACUUGGGUUCAUUCACCCCUUCUGUAUUGUCUUUACACUCAAUCUAUAUUUUCUUGAAAAAAAAAUUAUAUAGAGAUUGGUACAAGUUGUUAAUUAGAGUUUGUACUAACCUUGGAAUGACCCACUUGACGUUCUAAGCGGCGGAGAAUCACAUCCAUGCACAUGCCAGUUACCGUAGGCAAACAAAUAGACAUUGCUAUUAGAAUUUCUAUACACUUUCAAAUUAUAAAAUAUAUGGAUGGUACGUCCUAUCAAGAAAAAGAAGACGAAAAUGCUAAUUAACUAUAGAACUAGUUAACAAUUUUUUUUAAAAAAACUAGGGUUAUUUUCUACAAAAAUUGUUAUCUUCUUUUCACUUGCAAUUAAAGUAAUAGUUUUAUAAUUGAGACUUCUCAUUACUUUAUCUUCUGUUUAGACCAAAUAGAUCUAGCUAAUGUUUGCUUAAUAGUGAUAAAGUCAUGAUAACACUUUUAUAUAUCAGUUUACUUCACUAUAAAACUACAUUUUAUGUAUGUACUUUAAAAAGAAAAGUCAAUUCUCCAAUGUCAAAGUUUCCCAGAACCACUAGCUAACCUCGCAUGCAAAUAACGCCUAUAUAAGUGAGACCCAAGCAUACACUCCUCAUACCUACUCAUAACACAAACAAUAUAUUUUCCUCUUACACACAAACAUCAAAGAAUCAAAAUUUUGAUAAUGAAUACUUUCACAGCCACAUCAGUUCUAAUCGUUGCGAUUAGCGUUUUGCUUAUUGCAUCCAGCGUUCAAAGCACUGAACAGCAAGACUUCAUAAACACUCACAACGCCGCACGUUCGCAGGUUGGAGUACCGAACCUUGUAUGGGAUGCAACAGUCGCGAGCUACGCACUGAACUACGCAAACGCUAGAAAAUCCGACUGCAACCUCGUGCACUCGACCGGACCAUAUGGGGAAAACCUAGCCAAGGGAAGUAGCAGUACGUUCUCCGCCAUAUCGGCCGUGAAUCUUUGGGUCGCUGAGAAACCUUACUACAACUACACUACCAAUUCUUGCACAGGUGGACAACAAUGCUUGCAUUACACGCAGGUGGUGUGGAGAGAGUCAGUGAAAUUAGGGUGCGGUAGGGUUCAGUGCACCAAUGGUUGGUGGUUCGUGACUUGUAACUAUGACACACCCGGCAAUUACAUCGGAGAGUACCCUUACUAAGCUUGACAUUAAUAUGAACUAUACCAUAAUUUGUAUAUGAACAAUUAUGAUUAAAGUUAAUCUGAAGUACUGCUUUUAAAUAAAACAACACUCCUUUUAUUCAGGAUGUCGUAACUUAUGAUUACACAUAAAGAGGUUGUAAGGUUUACCAGUUGUUAUUUUCCAAUUUUAAUUAUGUUUCGAGAAUGUUUGGUCUACUCGUAUAUGCAUAAGAUAUAUAUAAUAUUAUGGAGAUUGACAUGUAUGAAACUGAAUUAUCAAAUAAUAUAUAUAUAUAUAUAUAUAUAUAUAUUUUGUAACUGAUUAUCAAAUAAUAUUAUGGAGAUUAAACUUUACAAACAACCAAUUGGAACCUACAAUUACUUUUUGUUCAAUAUAUAUGUCCAUAUCGUGUGGAAAAUGUUAGCUUGGUCAUAUAUUCGUCUUCUCGAUUUACAAUUUUCCUUUAUGUCAUCAUUAUCUCUAAAUGAAGUAGACAUAUCGUUCACCAUCUCAUUCUUAUACACUGCGAAAGUGCGAAUACAUGAUUUUUUUUACAUAACAAACUAACCUCAAUCUGAUAUAUUUAGCAUUUCAUGAAAAUUAUAUCAAAAAAAUCAUAUACUUUACACAAUACGUUUUAGUAAUUCAUUUUAAAAUCACUAUAAGGUGAAGAUGUUCUGUUCUCAUAUCUUUUAUUAGACAACUGGAUGUGAACUGGAUUAUAUUCUGCACAUAACUAAAAUUGUUAAUUAAAAAAUAUACACGAAACAAUUGGUGAUCGUAUAGCCUAUUUUAAAAAGUCUUCCACGGUAUGCACUCACUAUGGCAACAACUUAAAAUAGGGAUAUAAUAUUUUAAACUUAACUUCCACGUUUUGCUUAAGAUAUUCGGCGUGGUUCAUUCGUAUUUAGUUUGUCGUAUUUAAUUAAACGUUCUUAUUAGGAAGAUUUUGGAGAUAGUGCAAUCAAUUUUAAAAUUAUACAAUAUGAAUAUUCUACGUAAAAUUAACAUCAUAAUUUGCAUAUAUAUUAGGCGUGAUACAAUCCUAAAUAACCUGCCUUAGUGCAAUCGAUUUGUUAUUUUGUUCUAUCAAAAAUAAAUAUUCCCAUCAACAACCCUAAAAUCAAGCACCAUAUACAUUACAACAUUUGAACCAUGAUACAUGUCAUCAAGAGAAUCAAUUUCAAAAUCUUUAUAAAAAUAAUUUUGUUCAUCUAAACAUAUAGUAUACUUUUCAUUAACUCGAAUCAUAUAAUUAAUUAUUAAUAUACAAAUAUUCUUUCAGUAUUUCCUCAAAUAGAACAUAUGAAAUUACCCAAUCUGAUCAAAAUAUAUAUGAUAAUUAAUGAUUUUAAAUAAUAAAGAUUUGAUAAUAAUUUAUACAUUUUCUAUCAUUUUUGUUUUACAUUAAUAUUAUUAAAAACAAUUAGACAAUCAAAUUAACCAAAUAAUUAAAAAAUUUAUUUUUCUAUAUAUGUUAUAUAUUGAAUUUUUAAAAACGAAUAUAAAUUAAUAAACUUUUAAAAAAUCUCACUUCAAAAAUUUGUGAUCAGUGGUUUAAUUUUUAUUUAUAAAUUAUGACUAAAAUAACUUAUUUAAUAAAUAUUAGAUAAUAUAUAUAUAUAUAUUAAUAUUGUUUAAAUUAAAUUAUAUACUAUAUAGAAUGCAUAAAUAUUUAAAUUUCAAAAUUUUAUUGAACAAAUAUUAAGAAUUUAAUAUUUUAGUUUCAAAAUUUUCAUUGAAUUUUUAAAAAUGAUUAUAAAUUAAUAAAAAGAUUAAAAUUUCCAUAUUGAAAAUUUUGUUAUCAAGGUUUCAAUUUUUUUUUAUAAAAAUACAAUGAUCAUAAAACUAUGUGAAUAGGAAAAUUUUAUUUGAUAAAUAAUCAUAUUAAAAAAAUAUACCAUACAUCAAUGUUCAUAUCAUUUAAAUUUAAUUAUAAACAAUAUAAAAGAUAAAAAUUAUUAUUUAGAUUUAUUUACCAUAAAAUAACUGUAAAUAACAAGGAUUAUUUUGAUUUAUAUGUCCGCGCCAAUUUAGUUAUAAAUGUAAUAGUCACUGACUUCUCACUAAUUUAAUAUAAGUAAAAUAAACGCAAACAAAUAAUAAUACAUAAAAUUGUAUGUAUAUACAACAUUCAUGCCGCGCAAAACGCAUAUCUUAAUCUAGUCUAAAUAUUUAAAAAAAAUUUCUAUAUUUUAUCGAUCACGUUAUAUAUAGUGUGUACUAUAUAACAACUCGAGUUUAACAGAGUAUUUUCAUGUUGGCUUAUUAUUAUAUAUAUAUAUAUAUAUAUAUAUAUAUAUAUAUAUAUAUAUAUAUAUAUAUAUAUAUAUAUUUCAAAUCCAUUAAAAACUAAAUUUUUAUGGUUUAACUAUGUUGAACAAAUUGAGUCUUAUAGUGAAGAAACAAAGGAUCAAAAGAUAAUAUGUUCGAUCAAAUUUGAUAAAAUUAGCUUUUACAAAGAUAUAAACUUGACCAUCUAAAAUCUAUAUACAAAAAACAUCUGCGGGCAAGCGUGCUGAUCAAGCUCUAAUUUUAUGAUUAAGCUUCAAAAAUAAAAGUCAAUUCUUCAAUGUCAAAGUUUCACAGAACCACUAAGCUAAUCUCUAAUCUCAUGUGUACUCACUGCCUAUAUAAGUGAGACCUGACUCCUCAUACUUACCCACAACACAACCAAUGUUUUUUUUUCUCUUAACACAAACAUCAAUUCAAUAAUGAGUACUUUCACAACCACAUCAGUUCUAAUCGUUGCGAUUAGCAUUUUGAUUAUUGCAUCCAGCGUUCAAAGUACUGAACAACAAGACUACUUAAACACUCACAACGCUGCACGUUCGCAGGUUGGAGUACCAAACAUUGUAUGGAACGCAACGAUCGCGAGCUACGCACUGAACUAUGCAAACGCUAGAAGAUCUGACUGCAACCUCGUGUACUCGGCUGGACCGUAUAGAGAAAAUCUAGCCAAGGGAAGUAGCAGCACUUUCUCGGCCAUAUCGGCCGUGAAUCUUUGGGUCGCUGAGAAACCUUACUACAACUACAGUACCAAUUCUUGCACAGGUAUAUACUGUAUACAACACUGUCAAUUCGUAUUACGUUAUUUUAACAAGGUUGCAUAAAUGCAUAAUAUAUAUAAAUCAACUACAGGUGGAAAACAUUGCUUUCAUUACACGCAAGUGGUGUGGAGAGAUUCAGUGAAGUUAGGCUGCGCUAGGGUUCAGUGCACAAAUGGUUGGUGGUUUGUGAUUUGUAACUAUGACACACCCGGCAAUUACAUCGGACAGUACCCGUACUAAUCUUGACACUAACAUGAACUCUACCGUAAUGUAUAUAUGAAUAAUUAUUAUUAAAGUUAAUCUGAAGUACUGCUUUUAAAUAAAAUAAAACUCCUUUUAUUCAAUACUAGGAUCGUGUCCGCGCUACGCGCGGAUAUUGGAUGAAGUUAAAAUUUGUAUAUGAUUAUAGUUGUGGCUGUUUCUGGUUGUUGUUAAAAUAGAUUUAAAGUAAUUAUAAGAAUGAAUAUAUGACACUAAGUUUUUUAAGAUUGAUUGUUCAUUUUUUUAUGCGAAUAUAGUAGGAAGUCAAUCGAUAGAGAUGUAAAAGUAGAGGGGAGUUGAUAUUUUUGGUUGUGUAAAGUGGUUUUCUGUAGUAAUGGAAAUUAAAUUAACGUGUUGAAAAUUAAAAAUAUGUAAAAGAACUUCGUAAUUGAGAUAUUGUUUAGCAUUAUGGUGUUUUGAAUUUGAACAUAAUCUUUUAAAAGUGUGUUUAGGUCUUUCAUUAAUAAACUAAUUAGAAAUUUUAUGAAUUACAUGGAAAAAAGGCCCGUUGAAAAAAACUUAUGAACGAAAAACCAGAUAAAUUGAUCGAGAAUUUAAUACUAAGGUUUUGUUGUGUUACUUUCAAAGUAUAACCUACCAGAUCAAACUAUCUCUACCCUUAAUUUUGCACUUAAUAGUUAAGAUGUUCUGUCCGAAUUUUAGACAAAUGAUUUCUUGGAUUCCAAAGAGGGGUGAUUGGGUUCGUAUGUGUUCGAGAAUUCUAUAAACGCACAGUAAAGUUGUAAUUUUGAUUUACCUCCAGCAGGUGGAGGAUCAUUGUGGUUUGAUUUGACCACCAUGUUGAGGAAAACGACCCUUUGACGAAAGAAAUAAUUAGAAAAUGAGUCAGCGAAAGAGAGAGAUCUUGAAAUGUGGAAAUCCACUGAUUGAGUAACUUACACGUAAUAGUUGUAUCCGCCUUUCUUCUCGUUGCAAAUUUCUGAGUGGAAGAUGAUGUGAAUGUUAUGUGGAGCUGAGGUUGUUAACCGGUUUGUAUCAAAUAUGCAAUGUUACUGAAUUUAUUCGUAUAUUUUGUUGAUUUGUAUUGAUGAGACAAAAGAUUUUUUUGAACUUUCAGUGAUUGCCGCCGGUGAUUGUGGCAGGAGAUGUGCUACUUGCCUUUCUGAUAUUAUUGUCUAUCGAGAAGAACAUUUAGGUAUUAUAAUCUAUUGAAGAUUUUUAUAUUUAAUGUGAUACGUUUAAAAUAUGAAAAUUUUGUGUGAAUUAAAAUAAUUAGUUACAGUCAUCAAAUUGAAGCGAGAGAAAAAAAAA